AUGCCUAUCUCCGUCUCAAAGAGACGACCAAAAAUAUCCCAAAAAACUGAACCCAAGAAAUCACUUAAAGGUCCUCGUACUUGCUUUAAUAACAUUUGUUGGUUCUCCCCUAGAUCAGUUCUCUACCUUGUACCAGUCACGAUUCUCUUAAUCUUCUUAGUUUAUCUUUGGUCAAGUUCCACGACCGUUAUUUCCAAUGACGUCGUUCAUAUUUGCAUCUCUUCGCGGAAGCUCAACGAUCUUUAUUGUCUCACUGCCGGUUCUCAUCCCGGUUUACGUGUACCGGCCAACAAUUUAACUAAACCGGUUAGUAGAGAUGUGCUAAGAAGCAAAGAAGAGAGGAGUGUUGUUGUUCGUGGUAAAGAUGGAGACAAGGGUUUCAUAAAGAAUGAAACUUUCACGGGAGACAACACCGCAGGAACCAGAGUUUCUGUUCUUGUUCAAGAUUCUAAACCAAAGAAAGAGAUCAAUCCCAAUCUCCUCAUUGAUUGGGAUACAGAAACUGGAGAGGAAAGACACCGAUACAUCAAACCGAAGGACGAAAAUGAGGAGAGCGCUCUAAAGUCUUUGGAGGAGUAUCUUCAAAUACAAAGAUCCUGGCUAUCUGUGGGUAACAACCGCGGAGAUCCAGGAUCUUGCGAAGGAAAAGGGGUUUAUGUUUAUGAUUUACCCUCCAAAUUCAACGAAGAUUUGUUGAGAGAAUGCUCGGAUAAGGUUCUAUGGGCCAAUUUUUCCAGCUUCUUGAAAAACGAUGGGUUUGGUGAAUCUAUUGAGAAUCUUGGUAAAGGCUGGUUUAGAACACAUCAGUAUUCUCUUGAGCCUAUCUUUCAUUCUCGUGUUUUAAAGCAUCGAUGCAGGGUUUAUGACGAGAACCAAGCGAAGCUCUUCUACGUGCCGUUCUAUGCUGGUGUCGAUGUUUUGAGAUGGCAUUUCAAGAACGUUUCUAAGGACGUGAAGGAUUUUUUGGCGACCGAGGUUGUUAAAUGGCUCGGAUCGAAGAAAUCUUGGAGGACAAACUCCGGGAAAGAUCACGUUUUCGUUCUCGGAAAGAUCUCUUGGGAUUUUAGGAGGCAAGUUAAUUUUUCUUGGGGCUCAACUUUCCUUGACAUGCAAGAAAUGAAAAACCCUACAAAGCUUCUCAUCGAACGCCACCCAUGGGAGGUCAACGACGUCGCGGUUCCUCAUCCAACGUUCUUCCACCCAAAAACCGACGACGAUAUCUCUAGCUGGCAAAACAAGAUCAUUGCAAAACCUCGCCGGAGCCUAGUCAGCUUCGCCGGUGGAGCAAGACCCGGUGAUCCAGAUAGCAUCCGGUCAACAUUGAUUGACCAAUGUACAUCAUCUCCAAACAAAUGCCGGUUCUUGAAUUGUACCAAUGGAGGCUGCAAUAAAGCGGAAUCGGUUAUGGAGCUUUUCCAAGAUUCGGAGUUUUGUCUUCAGCCACCUGGAGACAGUCCUACGAGGAAAUCGGUUUUCGAUUCCCUCGUAUCCGGUUGUAUUCCGGUUAUCUUUGACCCGUACACGGCGUAUUAUCAAUACACGUGGCAUUUUCCGGAUGAUCACCGGGCAUACUCAGUGUACAUAAACAAAGAGGAUUUGAAGGCAAAGAAAGUGAAUGUGAUUGAGAAGUUGAUGUCAAAGACUCUACGGGAAAAAGAAGAUAUGAGAAGUUACAUUGUUCAUGAGCUUUUGCCUGGUCUGGUCUAUGGAGAUUCUAAUGCUAAGUUUGAGAGAUUUCGAGAUGCUUUUGAUAUAACUAUGGAUAGUUUGCUCCAUAAGAUUUCAAAGAAUUUGUAA